UAAAGAAGUUGAGGUUGUGGCCGGCGAUCAAAGUCAAAUAUUUGGCUUGAAUGUUUACAAAUUGGGUCAGCUGGUCAUUUGGCCUGCCCCUGAGCCAAACAGCUCCUCUUCAAAAUGCCCCCGGCGACGAGUGUUUUCAACCCGUUUUCGAUGUGAAUUUCCCGAAAAAUAAAGACCGUGGAUCUCAGCUGUCGCUUCAUUAUGACGCUAAUUGCCAGGACACGAUGGCCGAAAAGGAUUAGCUACAUGUAAAGUGUACCGCAGAAACCAGGACAAGAACGAACAUGAAAAAGUAAGACCCAUAAACAGUUUAGUUCGACUUAAUCCGGUUAUAUAUCCAGAUUAGCGAACAGGAGUGCGACGAAGGAGUAGAGUAUUUUUUCUCGCUAUUCCCAAGAACUUUACGACACUUUUUAGGUAAUGAAUGGGACGACACUUUUUUUAAUCCACUGCCAGCCGCGAGCAGUAAAAAAAUUAGUGACAAAAAAAAACACGCUGCAUUCAGGUCAGAAAACCGAUUGACCUGCGGUACUUUGGGUCUCAUGAAUGGGCAGGUCGAAAAAAAGGAUUGCGUAUAAAAUAAACGAGCAGCACUGACGUAACCAGCAAACGCAAUCAGGCAAUCAUCGAGUCAAGAUGUGUCUCAUCCAGCAGAAUAAGGAAGUCAAGGAGAACUCCCAGGGGAAUCCUGCCCAGAAUUCGGGAGAAUCGCCACCAAAGUCACCCACUGCCGCAUAUGCAAUGUUCAUGCACCGCGAAGAGUUAAGGAGGAGAAAAAUCCAUGUAACCCGGGUAUCUACCACCAAAAUUCACUUGACCAGCGAGCUAAUCGCUCGAACUAAACAGAACAUCCGGGAAUGCAGCUUCGAGGAUUUGGAGAUUUUGGCCCGUGAGACGCUCUUCAAGAAGAAUCUGCAGAGACAUUUGUACUAUCGACGCAUGCAGAUCCAUCAAUAUAUGAUGAACAAGAAAAAACAGCAAGCUAAAGAGAAAAAGUGAAUGAAGAUAUAUAAAUUUAA